GAGGCCUGAGGUUGCUUAAUGGCUCCACUAGCUGGCAUUUUACCAUGUCACCUGUUGCGACGGACAAAUCCUGUUUUUCCCGCUUUAGUCUGAACUAGGUUCUGACAUUAGGGUUCCGAGGUAUCUGGAAGGCGACCCUGACCUUUUUUAAUGACGCAAAUGGAACGGAUCUCACUUUCUCACUGACCUUCGUUGUGGAAAGUACUCGGAGGAGACGGCUAGCUGGAAAAAGUGCAGAUUGUGCAAAACUGACAGGAGAAGAAAUUUACCUUUUGGACAAAGUGCUGAAUUGCUCAGAUUAAACAGCGGCUCUAAAAUGAACAAGAUUCCCUCUGAUGGAGCUGGAGGUCUGGGGCCUGCUCAGUUGGACUGUGAAACAAUCACCACCCCAUGCCUGCGAGAUGUGUCACAUGUGCUGCAGAUGUCUUUACCUGGAUGUAUCGAGCCAGAAGUGGAAGACAUCAUUUGCCCUCCGUUACAGAGCUCAAACGUCUCAGAUCGUCCAAAUACACUUCCACAACCUUUUAAUUGUGGCACGGCUUCUUCAGAGGAGCUGAUAGAGGAGGAAAGGUUUUUCCUCAAGUUGUUUAUCGAGCAGUUGGUGGCUCACAUUGAGAUAAAGACCCGCGCACCAAAAAGCAAUGUGGACUUGAGUAAAUUAGAGGCAUGUGUGAGAGCGAGGACCCCUCUUGACUUACAGUUUACUGACCCAAAAGCCUUUGACAAAGUGCUCAUCCCCAUCUACAAAGACCUUUGCACACAGUUUGGCUCCAAAUACCUUCUGCUUGCUGCCCUGGACUCUGGGGAUGUUGCCUUUGAAGCAGCUGUUGCAGAAGGACUGAAAACAUGGCUAACAGCGUCUGGACAGAAACCUGACAACCUGUUGAAGAGGCUUUUCUCCAAGAGGUCAUUCAAGGUCGCUCCGUUCAGAGAUGUGAAACCACGUCACACUGAUGAAAACAGCCAGGACGACAGAAAACCGGUUCCACCUUUGAUGAACAGAAAGGGUGAUGGUGUCCGGAGGAGGCUGUCCUCCAUGGCUUCUGCUGUAAAAAAGAGAUUUGGUGACAACUUUGUCACCAGUGAAUGCCAAAAACUGGAUUUCUUUAAUGGCAAGCCUCAGUUUAUGAUUGCCCCCCUUCUCUAAUAUUUAUUCUGAGAGAUCUGAGGAUGAGUUAUUAAAUUGGUAUUUUUUAAAGUAAUGUUUAUCUUGAAAGAUUUAAAGAGGAUUUGUUAUAUUUGGACUAUUUUAAUAAAACAUUGAACAUGGA